CUGCCCUACUUGCAAGCUGUUAUCAAGGAAGUACUGAGGAUUCAUUCCGCUGUAGGAUAUAUUCUUCGACGUAUGGUACCAGAGGGAGGGGCUGAGCUCGCUGGCCGCCAUUUUCCACAAGGAGUGAGUAUACAUAGCAAGCAGGCCUUACAAGGCACUGACUAG